GGGACACAACGGAGGAGCCCCCGCAGCUCCCGCGGGGCUAGAGGCGGCUGUUGAGUACCACGUGCCUCUUCCGGACCAGCGGGGCCUGGACUCGGUCUCCCGUGGUGCUCCGCGCUGCCCGCCCCGGCCAAUGAGAGCCUUCGUUACAGAAGGAUUUCGCGAGCCAUUUGUAAGAAGCCAUCGUGAAGGCCGCUCGCCGCUUUUCCUCACCGGCCGCCGGGCCGGGGAGGGGGACCGCCAGGUUCCCUGAAGGAUGGAAUCUGGCUCCCUGAGGAGUAAAGUCCCAGCCUUCUUAUCCGACCUGGGCAAGGCGACCUUGAGAGGCAUCAGGAAAUGCCCCCGGUGCGGCACCUACAACGGUACUCGUGGGCUGAGCUGCAAAAACAAGACCUGUGGCACCGUCUUCCGCUAUGGCUCCCGGAAGCCGGCAGGCGUUGACGCCGUCAAGAUUAUCACCGGCUCAGACCUGCAGGUGUACUCGGUGCGGCAGAGGGACAGGGGCCCCGAAUACCGGUGCUUCGUGGAGCUGGGCAUCUCAGAGACCACCGUCCAGACCGUGGAUGGGACCAUCCUCACCCAGCUCAGCUCCGGCCGCUGCUACCUCCCGGCGUGUCUGAAGGCAGCCGCCCAAGGGGUGGGGGAGAACCAGUGCCAGCACCUGAAACUGGCCAUGGGCUGCCAGGCAGAGGCCACCCCCUUGACCCUGAAAAGCUCCGUCCUGAAUGCCAUGCAGUCCUCAGCCCAGACCAAGCAGGCCCUCUGGGAGCUGGCCACCCAGCCCACGGGGCCCCUGGUCCAGAGGGUCACCAAGAACGUGCUGGUGGUCAAGGGCAAGGCCGGCCCUAAGCACAGCCUAGGCUACCUCCACAUCACCGUUGCUCCCAGGUCUGCCCACACACACCUGGCAGGGCCCCGCUUCUUCUGCCCCUGCCAGUCCUCGAGGGCCAGCAAGGCCUCCCCGCCUGCCCAGGAGGGCAGCCAGAAGUGCCUCCAUUUCUUUGCCUGCCUCUGUGCCUUCGCCAGCGACGAGGCUUUGGCCCAGGAGUUUGGGGACUUCCUCAGUGAUGAGCCUGAUGCUGCAGGUUUGAAAUCCCCGGCAAGAGCUCCGCCUGCUUGCCAGCCAGACUCCCCUUUGCCCUCGGGAGACCCCGCAGCCUCCAAAGCGAAGCGCAAGAAGAAAGACGAUGGCCUGGGCUUGCAGGCCAGCAGCCCCCUCUUGUCCCCAGAGGUGGCCAGCAGCUCCUUGCAGAAGAACGGACUGAAGAGGGCGCCUGUCACGUCCCUGAAGAGGCAAACUGGCAUCCAGGGGCUGGAGGAGUCGCAGGUAGCAUUGUCCUUCCUGGAGUGGCUGGCCAGCGUCACGGAGAGGCUCCACCAAGCCAUGCACUACCAGUUUGACGGCAAGCCGGAGCCCCUCGUCUUCCACAUCCCGCAGGCCUUCUUCGAGGCUCUCCAGCAGAGGAUUGGCCUUGGGAGCGUCAAGAUGCGGCUUCCCAAUUCAACGACAGCUUUUGUCCGCAAAGAUGCCUUACCACUGGGCACCUUUUCCAAGUAUACGUGGCACAUCACCAACAUCUUGCAGGUCAAGCAGAUCUUUGACACCGUUGAGAUGCCUCUAGAAAUAACGCGCAGCUUCAUCCAGAACCGGGAUGGGACCUAUGAGCCUUUCAAGUGCCCCAAAGUGGAGGUGGAGAGCAUUGCCGAGACCUACGGACGCCUGGAGAAGCAGCCAGUCCUUCGCCCCCUGGAACUGAAAACUUUCUUGAAAGUUGGUAACACUUCCCCGGAUCAAAAGGAACCAACGCCUUUCAUCAUUGAGUGGAUCCCAGACAUCCUCCCCCAGUCCAAAAUUGGCGAACUGAGGAUCAAAUUUGAGUACGGCCACUACCGGAAUGGCCAUCCAGCCAACUACCAGGAGCAGCGUCCCUCCCUGGAGCAGGCCCUGGAGAUCAUCACCUUCCCUUGAGCUCCUCGCCUGCCUCUUUGAAUGUGCAGCCGCCCAGGGCCCCUUUCCUAGCCGGCUGCACUUCCCUGCUCCCUACCAGCCACUGACCGGAAGAGCUGCCAUUUCGUGUGACUUUGCCACCCACGUUCUGUUGUCAAGGAGCUUCUCGCUCGGGCCUUUCUCGCAAACAAACAGCCACCUUCCAGCCUUGCCAGAUAGUGGAAUUGGCCCUUCCUGAGUGCCCAGGCUGGCUGCCAGCUCCAACCAACCCAGAGCGCCUCAGCUGUCUUCUGCACUUCCUCCCUCCCUGAGGUGUGGCUGUCAUCCCAGUAGCUCAAAGGGCUGGGGGGCCGAAUGCUACAAUCUGGCAUAUUUUACAAUAUAUUUUUAAAAUAAAUUAAAUUAAGGCCAUGGCAAUGUUGUGAGAUUAGUCCUGCGUAUAAAAGAAAGUGAAUCCAUUCCCUUGGCAGCUGCUAGAAGUUCAACAGGUGAUGCCACGUGUAUGUUUACCUUCUCCAACGACUGGUAAGGCUCCUCCCCCGAAGGAAGCCACCUUCAGUCCCUCAAACAACAGGGCCUACAUGACAGAGCACGUCCGCUGGGUAGGAGCAUGUUCCCAGAGCAAGGUCCAGGGUCUCAAGUCCAGUCCACUUGGCUAAGCCACUCCACCAGGCAAACUAGCCAACAAGACCCAGGCAAGGCAGAAGGCAGGAGUCAAAGCCGGCUGAGCAUAAGCCAAAACAAAUCAUUGUUCCUGACAAAGACUAACACCCCACGGCUUCUCCUGAAGUCAGCCCACUCCUGGUGGUCCUGAUGAGCAGGAGGGGGCGGCCUCCUCCCCAGUCACCUUGCCUGCCUUGGAUGGACUAGGGGAGGCAGCUGUUCCUGCUCAGAAGGGAUUCACUGCCUAUCAGCAGCCGAUUCUCUCCAGCAGAC